AUGCCUUUUCCUGAGGGCUCUAUAUCGCUUUGUACCUCUCAGUGCUUCCCAACGCCCGUCGUACCCAAUGCCCAAUUUCUGUCCAUCAACUCAUCGCUACUCACCAACUUCUCUGGGUCGGCACCAUCGUCCCAAACCUUCAACCACCCGACUAUAAACUUUACCGACAUCUCAUUAUGCAACAUUACCAUCGAGUACACCCACCCUGGAGUGAACGACCUAAUCACCGUCAUGGCGUGGCUGCCAGUCGGAUCCUGGAAUGGUCGAUUCCAAGCUGUUGGCGGUGCUAGUGCUUCAGCCGGCUUGAACAGCAUCUCUACCUACGAGAUGUACGCUGCUGUGGGACAGGGGUAUGCCACAAUCAGUACCAACGCCGGCCAGGUCAACAAUACUCGCGACAUGAGUGGCUGGGCACUGGAUGAGAAUGGGAAACCGAACGUCAACAUUCUCAGAAAUCUAGCGUCUUUUUCUCUCGGUGACGAAGCCUUGAUCGGCAAAAGUCUUAUAAACAGCUUUUAUGGCCAAGCACCUCUUUACUCAUACUUCAGUGGAUGCUCUCAAGGUGGCCGCCAGGGGUUGAUGCUGGCCCAGAAAUACCCGGACAUGUACGACGGCAUCGUCGCAUCUGCACCGGACAUUAACUGGGGUCAACUCAUCCCUUCUAGAGUCUGGCCACAAGUGGUGAUGGAUAAUUUGAACGAAUAUCCCGAGGGCUGUGAGCUAGACUACCUCGGCCAGGCGGCUAUAUCUGCCUGUGACGCAUUGGAUGGCGUGGAAGACGGCAUUAUUUCUGCCAUGGAUGAAUGCGUUUUCGAUCCAUUUUCGCAUAUUGGUGAAAGGUUUCAUUGCUCUUCUACCGGAGUUCUGAGAGCUCUCAGCUAUGGAGCAGCUAAAGUGGCAAAUGCGACAUGGACGGGUCCACGGGAUACUGAUGGAAAGUUCAUUUGGUACGGGCUGAAUUAUGGCGCAGAUAUAUCGGGUGAUCUUACUGGCAGGGAUGCAAAUGCUGUCACCAAGUGUCUUCCUAACGGUACUUGCAUCGGGGAGCCUCUGGCACUCGGUGCCCAGUGGCUUCAGUAUUUUGCAAGCGAGAAUGACCCGUCAUUCGAUUUCAAAGCACUAACUGUUCCUGAAUUCGUGAGGCUGGUUAAUGUCUCGGUCACCAAGUAUGGGCCAAUUAUUGGUACCGACGAUCCAGAUCUCUCUGCUUUCAAAAAAACAGGUGGUAAAAUACUGAGUUACCAUGGAUUAUCUGAUCCGACCAUCCCCACAGCAGGCUCUGCAGACUACUACAAGAGAGUGGCCGCACUGAUCCCCGAUAUCCAUGACUUUUACCGUCUCUACGAAGUCCCAGGCUUGGGACACUGCGGCGGACAUAGUACAAACCAACCAAUGGGCAUCUUCGAUGCUUUGCGAGACUGGGUCGAAAAUGAUAUCAAGCCAGACUCUCUCUCUAUCUCCUUUUCAGUACAUGGAGAGUCAUGGAUGAGACCAGUUUGUCCCUACCCGAAAACAGCGUCUUACGAUAGGGUGGGCAAUCCAUCUCUGGCAACGAGCUAUGCAUGUACAUGA